UGGCCUGUUCUCCAGGGUUUGUCUUCCACUUGGUUGCUGCUCCCCUGGGAGCAUCAAUAUUGGUCCAAGCACAGAUUCCUCUCUAUGGUGUACUUCACUGCUGGAGAGCACAGAGAGAGAGAGAGAGAGAGAGAGAGAGAGAGAGAGAGAAACCCCAAAUGACUCUUUGAAUAACUGUUGAAACUGUCCACUUUGAGGCCAGGAGGUGUUUGUGCAGAAAUCUGACUCACACUGAGGACAUGGGAGUCACCUAUGGAAAGAAGAGAGACCUGCAAAGUUUUCCAGGUAGAAGUGAGACAUACCUGAACGGGUCGGCCUCAGUGAUGCAGGCGCAUCAGCAUGAACAGGAAGACCGAUGCCCAAAGCUUCAGGCCUUCAUUCGACCUCAGCUACAGACUGAGGAGGAGAGUGUUCUCCUCAUCAGACCCAGAAAACCUCUCAGUCCCUUAACUGCCUCCAAGAGCCACCAGGAGCUCCACAAAGAGCUGCAGAUGACUCACAAUAGGAGGGUGUGUCAAGAAGGAAGAUGUGAACUCCAGCAAGUGCUAGAAAAGAGAAAAUGGGACCAAAAGAAGAAAGCGAGCAGAGAUCAGGAGGAGGCAAAGAGGAACAGAUCACCACUUCAUCAAGAGCUGUUGAGAAGACAUCAUAGGCUAGAAAAAGUAGAGAGCGAGGAGACAGGGCAGCAGCGAGAGGAGCUAGAGUUCCUGCGAGUGAAAGAGAGACUGAGGAGGACAGCAACGUUGGAUGCAGGAGAAAAAGAAGUGUGAUGGUUAUGAUUCAUGACGGCAUGUUUUCUGUUGACAGUCAGCACAAUGGACUAGUGGGAGUAAGUGACAGUGUGGAGAAAGACAUGAAUGAACUUCACUGUUGGAGCUUAAGUGUUUAUAUUUUUUAAAAACCUGUAGAAUAAAUAGAUUAUACAGCACAGUGUUUAUGAUCAAGGCAACAUCAACAGGUCAAAGACAGAACCAGAUAUUCUGUUGUAACACUGUGUUUAAUAAGUCAGAAAUCAAAGUGUGCAUAGAUGAAAAAGAAAUUAGUGAUUCCACCUGAAAACAGGAUGUGUCACCAUAAUGUGUGAGUGUUUGCGUUAUUAUUUUUUAAUAACUUUGGGUGUGUUCAGUUUUCCCUCGCACAUGUCACUUUUUUGUCACAGUCAGUCAGAAGUACAGUCAUCAAUACACAAGUAUCAUCAGUACACUAGUCAAACAAUCAGGUCAGCUAUAUUUGUCUGAGCGUAUCAUGACCUGAUCUGUCUGGGAAGGAGUCUGAUGUCACCACUGAGUAUUACUGAGAACUGCUGAUUGAGAGACAUUAAAUGAACAUUUAAUAGAAUUAUUCUUAAGAGUAAUUUGAUAAGUUUCAGUAUAAUUACAUCUAUUUCUAUACUAAUCUAAGACAGUUUUUAACUGAGGAAAAGACUCUUCUUAUGUCAUGAUGAUGUCAUCAGUAUACAAGUGUAUUCUGUGUAUCAGAAAAGUUAGGCUGAUAUUUAUUUUUUAAAAGUCUGCACAUAGAAUAAUCUACCUAUAGGGGCCUAUGGGGCUGCAGCACUGGAUGUUUUUUCCCGAAAGCCCCAAAUCUUAUAUGAAGUUUAUAAUAUAACUUCAACAUUUCCUCUCAGUCUCUCUGACUGGACCGACAAAUCAGUGGAGCUCUAUUAGUACUGCACUGGGAAAAUAGCAAUUUAUAGGUUGCUCGACAACUUGCGGAGCUUUGAGGAUUGCAGCAAAACACUUAAAGUCUGCCGUACAGAGCCAGAACAGUCCCCUGUGGAGCCCCAGUGCUGCUGAUCACAGUUACCCAGCCUGACGCACUGUGGUCGUCUUGUCCACAAUCCAGGACGUGAAGCAGGGAUCCAACCCCACCCCUUCCAGCUUGUCUUUCAGAAUUGGGGGUUGGAUGGUGUUCAACCCACUUGAAAAAUCAAAGAAUAUAAUCCUCAUCCACCUGGCUCAUCCAAGUGAGAAUGGGCCCGGUGGAGCAUGUGAAGGACGGCAUCACCCACUCCAAUAUGUUCCUUGUAGGCGAACUGUAGGGGGUCUAGUGCGUGUUCAAACUGUGGCCUCAGAAGGUGGAGAAGCAGCCGCUCCAGGGUCUUCAUGACGUGUGAUAUGAGGGCCACCGGUCUGUAGUCAUUUAUCUCAGCUGGUCGCCCUACUUUAGGUACCUGAGGAAGGCAUGAUGUUUUCCACAGAACCGGGACCCUCCCUGUUUGAAGGCUUAAGUUGAAGAUCCUCUGGAGCUGGACUGCACAGUCCUUUAACAGCCUCAGACACUCACCAUCCGGGCUUGUUCCUUUGUAGUCUGUGGUACAUUCAACCCUUCUAUCAAGGUCAGAGUCCUUGCUGUUAUCAUUUUCCUGUGACUCCAACAGGACAUUCCAAUCUGUGCACUCAAAACAGUCCUAUAGAGACUCACUGGUCUCUGGGCGUCCAGUUCCUGAAUGAGUGGGUGGUUGCAGCCUGCUUCAGUACACAGGGCUUGUAGGAAGGCUGAAGAAAAACCAGAUUAUGAUCUGAUCUUCCAAGUGGUGGUAGAGCUGAAGCGGUGUGGGCCUCCUCGACAUUUGCAUACAACUGAUCAAGUGUCUUGUUUUUCCCUUGCGGGGCAGUCAACAUACUGAGUGAAGCCAGUCAGGUGAGAGGUGGGAUUAACGUGGUUAAAAUUCCCCGAUGUUGCAAUGAAUGUUUUCCGAAAGUGGCCAAGUGAUACAAGUGGAUUUUCGUUCAGACUGGUGGAAAGUUUGUCUCAGAACUCUGUGUGUGUAAAAUGCAAAUCCACAAGUGUAGAAUUGAGAUCCGCAAAUGCUUUUUCGCUUCACAAAUAGGAAAUUGAUUGACAAAUGUCUGUUUGAAAGUUUUAAUGUUUGGAAGAUAUUCACAAAUGCUUUUCAUUCAUUAGUAAAUUAAUUGAAUGUAUUCAUAGCUAUGUUUUUUUUCUUUUUUUGGAAUUUGUUAGUGUAUUUGCAGAUCUGUUUUAUAUUUGCAAGAUAUUUUUGAGUUCACAAAUGUAUUUUUUGUAUUUGUGGAAGGUGUUUUAGCCUACAUUCACAGAUUAAACAUUUACUCACUGGU